AUGUUCCAGACUCUUGGUUCUCUAUUACAUUCUGAACCAGAGUGGAAAUUUGGUCGCAAAAUAAUGAAAGUGAGCUUAAUAAAAAAGUUCUGGGGAGGCCUUGAAAAGUUUGGUUUGGAACAUGACGAUUUUCCAACCAUGAUGGGAAACGUUGCUAUUUUGUUGAGGAUUUUGACCAUUAAUAUAUACAAAAGACGAACUAAACGUAUAUCAUUGAUAUGGUACAUUCUGACCGUGGCGGCGGGAGGUUGCUACUUCUACGUGUACAUUUUCUCCAUGAUGUGGCAGGUGUUCAUCCACUACCCGCGGCUGAACAACUUCGCCGGAGCAGCUGUCGCGUUGACUCUGGGCACCUGCACCGUCACGUGCAUCACUAAGUUUGUCUUCAUGAAGAUGUAUGCAAAUGAUAUAAAAGAAACGAUUGAUAAAUUUCUACAAUGUGAUGAAAAGGUCGCACUGGACACCAGAUUUGCAAAAAAUCUAAGAAUUAAGUUGAGAAUUGUCAAAAAACGUGCAAUUAUUAUUUGGGUAUCGCUUGUGUCGGACGGUGUGAUAUAUUUGUUGAUACCCAUGGUGCUGCCCGGAAGACAUGUUUCAGAGGAUUUGUAUAUUAUCUAUGGUUUAGAGCCGAUGCUCGAAUCUCCUAAUUACGAAAUAGUGACAUUCCUAACAAACACCAGUAUAGGAUUUGCUGUGUACACGAUGGUAAACGUCGCCGUAUAUGUUAUAGUCGUGGUCGGUUACAACGAGUCCCAAAUACACGCACUCAGUGAAGAACUAAGUCAUCUGUGGAGCGACAGCCAAAACUUUUACAACGCACUGAAACAUACCAUCCAUGACAAAAUCCACGCAAUUUACAUAAAGGAGAAAAUUGUUAAUGAAUUCAUAAGAAUACGUCUAAGAGAUAUCGUCAAAUUUCACAUUGCCAACAUUAAUCUGUUUCAUGAAUUAGAUCACGAAUUCCGUAAUACUUUGGCUGUUGAAUACAGCAUAAUGACGAUAUCUAUAAUUGCUGAGCUGCUUGGAGGUCUACAGAAUACAUAUCUCCAGCUACCCUAUACAAUGGUGCAAGUGUUCAUGGAUUGUCUGGCCGGGCAGAGGCUGAUAGAUGCCUGUAACGAUUUCGAAAAUUCACUGUAUGCUUGCGAAUGGGAAAAUUUUAAUGUCUCCAAUCAAAAAACUGUACUGUUAAUGCUCGUUGCUUCACAGAAGACACUGAUGCUGACAGCCGGGGGUGUGACGAAACUGAACUUCAACUGUUUGAUGAUAAUAGUCAAGUCUACGUAUUCCAUGUACACGACCUUGAAGUCUACUUUAAAGUGA